AUGGCUCCCGAAGCAACUACGCCUUCGACGGCGACACCGGCAAGCUCGGCGACCGACCCCACCAAGCUCGAGGUCAUCAAGCAGGCCAUCUACGAGGCGUGCCAGAACAACGGCGGCGAGGACCAACUCUACACGCAGGACGAUCUCCUCGAACUCGACGUCAUUCCCAACCGCGAUGCGUCGCUGCUCCUCAAGGCGCUCCAGAGCCUAUCCAAUGAAAAGCUGCUCAAUGCUGUGGCGACGCAGAGCGGCCUCGCGUGGCGAUGGCGGCCAAAGGCCGAGGCUGCCAAGUACAAGCUAUGUACGACGGACGAGCAGCGCAUGGUGUACGGUAUGAUUGACGAUGCUGGUGGCGACGGAAUCUGGAGCAAGACGAUCAUUAACCGCCUGAGCAUGAACGACACCGUCAUGAAGGCUGCUAUCAAGCAGCUCCACAUCAAGGGUCUCAUUGUGCCGUUCAAGAAUGUCGAGCACCCUAAUAAGAAGAUGUACAUCAAGGCUUCGAUGCAGCCCUCGGAGCGCGCCACGGGCGGACCGUGGUUCACAGACCAGACGCUCGACGAGGCCUUCAUUGAGGAGCUGCAGCGCGUCAUCUACGACUACAUCAAGCGACAGAGCAGCUAUUUCCACAAGGGGGGCGAGGCGCGCGCGGCAGUGCCGAAAAAAGGCAUCGUCAAGGGCGGGCCGCCAGCCGGGGGCCGCAAGAGGGGCGCCGAGCAGAUCAGCGACGAUGGCGAGGCUCACGCUGUUGGAGCGACACAGGUGGACAAGACAACGUAUCUGCCCCUGCCGGCGGGCUACAAGGAGUACCCCACGGUCCGGGACAUUGCGCGCUUCAUCUCCCAGGCGGGCAUCACGACGGAGACGACUCUUGGCGUAGACGACAUCCAGAAGCUCGUAGAUGUCCUUGUAUUCGACGGCCUUGUCGAGGCCAUUCGCGUCGGCGGUAAGCACGGUCUCCGCGUACGCCGCGCCGCUAAGCAGAGCCUGGGGAACUGGGCCGGCCAGGGCGCCGACGAGAGUGGCAUCGAGCGCGGUGCCCCCGAGCCGUAUGCCAACGGCUAUACCGAGGCGCCUUGUGGAAGGUGUCCAGUGUUUGACCUUUGCGAAGAGGGAGGGCCGGUCAGUGCUAGUAAUUGCGUGUACUACCAGCGGUGGUUGGGACUGGAAUGA